GUAAACACGUGUUUAUGGACUAAAGAACUCCAAUACAAAGGUUAGUGGAAGAAUUGCACACAGGAUCGCCUGCCUAAUUGUUGGAAGUGGCAAAUCAAUGUGAAUAAACACCAAACGUCUAAUUAACAAAAGCAAUCUUGCUAAUAAACAAUAAGAAUUAUUAGGAAGCCUAAUAAAUUUUGAAGGGACUGAAAGAUCACCCUCUGUAUCCAUUCACAAGACUAUAUUAACUCUAUGCGGAAGGAUAAUAUCAAUAGGUUGUAGCAGAAUCUAGAAAAAAUAUCCCAGAAGAUCAACUAUUAAUGGGAUAGGCCUAUUUGAAGUUAGGAGAGUUUGAACAAGCGAUUUAACUGUUUUAGAAAUUGCUUAAAGAUGUAUAAUAGUAUAUUUAUGUAUAAAGAGCAAAUUUCAAAAGGACUCUCAAGAUAUUUUAACAAAUAUUGCUAAUGCAGCUAUUCAAUAAAAUGACGAGAAUUAGAUGAGACAAAUUAAUUAAUAAAUUACGGAAUUCAUUAAAAAGAAUAAAAGUCAGUAUGCCAGAGAGCUAUUACUUAACCAUGCUUUGCUUAAUUUAUAAUUGAAUGAGUAAGUUUAACAUAUUAUCAAAAUUAGUGUGAAGACAGCAAAAGAACUGACUAUUAGAUUUGAAAACAUGGUGAAGGUUGAGAAUGAGUAGGAUGAAGAUCUAUUUUUAGCACAAUUAAUUUUAGAUGUCAUAAAUCCAGGGGAUUACAAAAGCAAAGUUAAAUAGUAAUUAUCCAUCUGAUUGUAGAUAUGAACUUUUAGAGAAGACUUCAGAAUAAGCAGUGUUACUGAAUAACUUGGCAGUGUUUUAAGAAUUUAUACAUCCACAUCAUGAUUCAUUAAAAAGAGUCGAAGAAGCACUGUCAUCAGAUUACAAAUUUACACCUCCAUAACUUAAUGUGUUAAAAAUUAAUAAAGCAAUUCUACAAAUUAUUAAGAAUAGACCAACAAAGGAACACGGCUUGCCUCUAUCUGUUCAAAUUGCAAUUAACAGAUAAAAAUGGGAAUAACCAAUAGAGGAUCCAUAUCAAUAUUUAAUAUUUGCUACCAAUAAUGAUAACACCAACAAAAUAAUUGAAUUGUGCAAUGUCAAAAAUUGGAACUAGAAUAAAGUCUUGAGUACUUUCAUCUUGGCUCAUAUCCUUAAAUUGCCUGAUGAUUCUCCUUAUGAUAAGUAAAUUUAAUUGAUUGCUCAAUUUCAUAAGUCCUUGGUUUGCAAUUACUACAUUAAAAGAAGCAAUCUUCAAAAAGCUUUGUAAUAUUAUACUGAUGACCAACAAAUCAAGAGUCAAUUGGCCUUGUUGUGUAUUGAAAAGGGAUAGCUUGAAUAGGGAGCUAAAUUUAUUGAUUCUUUACAAUAUGAUGGAAUAACAGACAUGAAUGAAAUCGAAAAUUUAGAAAAGAAUAUAGGAUUAUCAAAGAAAGUGGAAGUGUAAGUGAAGAAGAUUCAAAAGAAGAAGAAGAAGAGAAUUAGAUAUCCCAAAAACUUUGACAAGACCAAUCCUGGACCAUUGCCUAAUCCUGAGAGAUGGUUACCUAAGUAUGACAGAAAAGAGUGGAAAAAGAAGAAAUAAAUACAUAGCAGAACUUAAGGAGGUAAUGCAGGAAAUGAAACAGUAAACACAUUCAAAGCAAGCGGCGCUUCCACUGCAUAAGUUAGUGCAGCUUAGAAAAAAACAAAUAAGUAUAGAAAAUGA